UGCUCUCGGCAGCCUCCCCUUCCCGGUUUCCGUCGCAGCCGCCGUAAGAAAAACGGGACUCGAUUAACAAACAAGAGCCUUUCAUUAUGCAACUUCCUCAGUCCAGCGCCCGGUUUCUCUUCUCUCACUCCUGCCCCGCAUACACCUUUUGCUCCCCCCCACUUUUCGCCCGCCGUGCAACAAUCGAGCCUCCCUUUCGGGCAUUUCCCUGAAGAUGGGAAGGAGGCCGAUCGUAAAAAGUUAUUUCGGGCGUCCCAGGGCGAGCUGAUCCGAGCUACUUUUCAUUUCUAAGGAGAGGGAGGGAAGGAAGACAGAUCCCGCUGCAGCCUGAAGUUUCUGUUUUGUAUUUCAAGUAUUAAAAGUAAGGAAGAGUGAUUGCUAUUUAAGAACUUGCAACUGCUAAAGGCUUAACAGGGAAUCCACCAUGAAUGAACCAGCUUGUAGUGGAAAUGGGCAAGAUUUUGAUGUAUUUAGUGUAAUGGACUGGAAGGAUGGAAUUGGUACCUUGCCUGGAAGUGAUUUGAAGUUUUGUGUGAAUGAAUUUGGAGCUCUAGAAGUGAUCACUGAUGUAACAGAGAUGGAAAGUGUUAAGAAGGCUACAGCUACCACAACUUGGAUGGUGCCAACUGUCCAAGAAGCAUUCUCAGAAAAAACAGAAGUACCACCAAAAUUGAAGGAAACCACAAAGGCAGAUGGGCUUCAUUUUUGUGAAAAUUGUUUUCAGUCUGGAACAUCGGUGGAGUUUGUAGCUGGAGAAAGAAAUUGCAGCCAAAAAUGUGCCCAUCUGUUUAAAAACAAGGAAUCAAAGGAGGAAAAAGAUGUGUCAGAAUGCAGUGACGAAGACUAUUCUAAGGGCAUUCAAAAGAGAAAAAGCAAACUGCCAUCCAAAGGAGAGGUUAUUGAAGAAAAAGAUAAAGAAACAGAAGAGAACUCUGAAGGAAGAAUACUGAGAGUAUCUCAAAGAGCCACACGGAAAAGGAAACGAGAGGUGGCAAUUUUAAAACAAACUUUAAUGUCAAAGGGAAAGAAAGCAUGGAGUUGGUCUUCAUAUUUGGAAGAAGAAAAGGCUACAGCAGCACCUCCUAAGAUUUUUAAAGAGUACCAGUCCUUCCCAUACAACAAAAAUGGAUUCAAAGUUGGAAUGAAACUAGAAGGAGUGGAUCCUGAGCAUCAGUCAAUGUACUGUGUGCUUACAAUAGCAGAGAUUUGUGGCUAUAGAAUUAAACUUCAUUUUGAUGAAUACCCAGAUUGUUAUGAUUUUUGGCUGAAUGCUGAUUCUUCAGAUAUUCACCCUGUUGGGUGGUGUGAGAAAACUGGGCAUAAACUUCAUCCACCAAAAGGAUAUAAAGAAGAUGAAUUUAAUUGGCCUGCAUAUCUGAAGAAAUGUAAGGCUCAAGCUGCUCCUAAAUCUUUGUUUGAAAACCAAAACACAACUGUGAUCCCAUCAGGAUUUCGAGUAGGGAUGAAGCUUGAAGCAGUAGACAAAAAGAAUCCUGCUUUCAUAUGUGUUGCUACAGUAACUGACAUGGUGGACAACCGUUUCCUGGUUCAUUUUGACAACUGGGAUGAAAGCUACGACUACUGGUGUGAAGCAGCUAGUCCACAUAUUCAUCCAGUUGGAUGGUGCAAAGAACAUAGAAAAACACUUGUAAUUCCUCCAGACUACCCUCAUGGCAAACAUUUUUCUUGGGAAAAAUAUUUGGAAGAAACCAGUUCUUUACCUGCACCUGCUAGAGCUUUUAAAGUGAAACUUUCUCAUGGAUUUCAGAAGAAUAUGAAACUUGAAGCUGUUGACAAGAGGAAUCCUGCGCUUAUCAGAGUAGCUACUGUGGUUGAAACAGAAGAUCACAGAAUUAAAAUCCACUUUGAUGGCUGGGAUAGUAUUUAUGACUAUUGGAUUGAUGCAGAUAACCCAGACAUACAUCCUGCAGGCUGGUGUGCAAAAACAGGACAUCCUCUUCAGCCCCCUCUUAGUCCACUGGAAUUAGUAGAAGCUUUAGAACAAGGAGGGUGCCCUACAGCAGGCUGCAGGGGAGUUGGACAUAUAAAAAGAGCCAGGCAUAUGGGCCAUCACAGUGUGAUCAACUGCCCAUAUUCUGAAAUAAACCUGAACAAAGAGCAUACUCUGUCGGACCGUUUAAGUGGGGAGACCCCUCUAAAUAAUCCACCUAUGCAUUGGAAUCGAAAGUCAGAAAUAAAUGAAAGAUCAGCCUCUCCUAUAAUCAAUAACAGAAAAUGUCCCAGUCCCAGUCACACAGGAGUAAAGCCUGCACCUCAUUUACAAUCUUCAAAGGAAGAAGAUACAGAUGUGAAACUUCUUUGCAAAAAUCCUUUAAUAUGUGACGUCAAAGAAGAAAACUACAGGAGCCAUAUCGUCACCGCUACUGGCUCAGCCGAACCGGACCAAACCGGGAGGAACCCACCACUGAAUCCGCCCUUUAAUCAUGCUUGUUUGUUUUUUUCACAUAAUUGCAGUUGCAAAAGGAGGGGAGAGCACACCAAGGAACUCACUGGGAAAGAUGGCUGUGAAGAAAGAAAAAUGGAAAAUGAAGUAUUAUCUAUAAAUGAAACCAAAGACAGCAAGGAAACCAAUAGCAGAAGUUCCCAUCUGCAGCCACUCAUUUUAUCUUCCAAGCUCACAAUUCCUGCAUUUCCAUUGCGAUGGGAACAGCACAGUAAGCUCCUUCCUACAGUGGCUGGGAUUCCUGCCAGUAAAGUUUCUAAAUGGAGCACAGAUGAGGUCUCAGAGUUCAUUCGGAGUUUGCCAGGUUGUGAGGAGCAUGGCAAAGUAUUCAAAGAUGAGCAAAUCGAUGGGGAAGCUUUUCUUCUAAUGACUCAAGCAGACAUUGUCAAAAUAAUGAGUAUUAAACUGGGACCAGCCCUAAAAAUCUUCAAUUCCAUCCUGAUGUUCAAAGCUGCUGAUAAAAACUCUCAUAAUGAACUCUGAUAAAAGGUCUACAAGACAACUUCUGCACUCCAGCCAAUGUUUUACCCAAAGCACAAAGAUACCGAAAGAUAACCUAGGAUGAACAUUUCAAAGGGAAAAAGUCUUAAGUGCAUGAAAUAAAGAUAUUUUCCCAAAACUAGGGCAACUGUACACUUCUGAGAAGUGCUUAAGGUUUUUAGCAAGAUAAAAAUUUAGUAGAGCAGGUACGUAAAGUUUGCCAACCUGGUGGUUUUAAUUUUCCUACAAUUAGCCACCUUAAUUUAAUUGGGGAACCAGUAACUACGGGAACAUAUUAAAAUCAUGGUUAUAUUAGCCUUUUUAAAGGAGUCACAAAAUAUAUACUUUGUGAAUUUACCCAUUGGGUUUAGUUAAUCUCUUUGUCCUAUUUGACCAUUUUCAUAAGAAAUUGUUAACAAUUUAAAAAUAUUUGAGGUGCAAUUAGUUAAUGGAAAUGGUUAACUCUUUAAUUUUGCACUACACUGAAAACUGCUGUGGACUCUGGUUGGUUUAUUCUAAGAAAACAUUGCUGAAGAUCAGUGCUGUUUUUUUUAAUUAUUUUUGCAUGGUUAAAAGAAAAAGAAAUACUUCCAGUACUGGUAGCAUAUUUGGUAUGAAAUUAUUAAUAAGAACUACAAAAGGUUAAUGUAAUUAUAUUUCAUGUUGCAUUAUAUUACUUUACUUCAUUCUAUUAAAAGAGAUACAAAUUAAAUGUGCAUAUGCAGAAUAAAAAUCCUGCAUAUAAAAAAAACACCUUUUUAUAAAGAAUUAAAUUGGUUGAACAGGAAUAUUAACUCAAUCUAAAAAUAGCAGUGAGGGAAAAGUUAAAACAGUUCUAUCCAAUUUGUAAAAGUUAGGUCACUUGACUUUAACAUGUGCAAUAGAAAACAAUGUGAAACAAGAUCAUCAAGGGUUAUAUUGCAUUGUUCUGUUCAGUCUUUUUUAUAAAUGUUGCAUCUUUUAUAUUUUGUUCUGACUUUUUACACUUAAAUUUGCAUUUAAAAUUGUUAUGCUUCAUAACUGCCAAAAUGUGGAAGAACUUUUGUAUGACUCAUUUUUCAUGCAGUUGGUUUGUAUCAAUAUUAGUACAGUCAUAUUUUU